ACGUACAUACACACACACAUGUACAUGCACACAGAUACAUGUACACACACAGACACAUGUACACACACACAUACAUGUACAUACACGCAGAAACAUGUACAGAUACAUACAUGUACAGACACACAUACACCCCCCCCCCCAAAAAAAAGUUGCAGUACUUCAUUGUUCACUCACAGAUCCGGGUACUGCACUCUAGUAGGUGGCAGAGGGCACAGCACCCACUUUCACUGAGCUCAACUAUUGAGCAGUCUGACGGCUCCCAGUGCCAAUGACAGAUCUGGCCUGAGCUCCGAGCCUGCUCAGCAAGACAGCCCUGGGGGACACACUUGCCCCCAUCAUAAUUUCCACUCGCCAUUGGCCAGCAGGUGAGUGGAAAUUUCAAGCCCUGUACUAUGG